AUGCCAGUUCGAGAUCCUCAUUCUGGAUAUGCUUUCAUAUGGCUCGUCUCUUUCACUUUGUUUCUUUUUUUAGCCGCCGGGGGCGGCUGCCUCGUAAUUUACAUGAUCCUCCCUGAAUCCCAAUCCUCAUCGUGGCUCGCCAUUACCGGUGUCACCCUCGUUUGCCUUCCUUGGCUAUUCUGGUUUGUCACUUGCAUGUAUCGAAUCAUUUCGCGGGUACUCGGAUUCAGGAUGGUCGUAGGUUUUGGUUGCGACGGUGGCGGUGGCGGUGGCGGUAGUGGGGGCGGUAGCAGAGGCGGAGGGAGUCAUAAUCUUGCAAAUUCUCAUAGCACAAGAUCAGGAGGGAAUAAUAAUGACACCUCAAUGUCAAAUAAUGGUUCUGCGCCUGUGCCGACAGAAUAUCCCUCCGUCGAGGUUAAAUACGAAGGCGAUGGCACUGAAAAUAACAACGGCCGAGAAAGGAGGGAUAAUAAAGAAGGAAAUAAACAAACUCCUUCAUCGUCAAACAAUUCAAUCGCCUCUCGCGAGAGCGAAAUCCCAUUGACCUCCUCCGUUUCGUGA